AUGGAUUCAAUGGAUAUGGAGUUAGAGUGUGACGGGAGCUGUGCAACCUUAAAAAUCGUAAGGGACGAAGAUACGAAUGCCAAGCGUAAAACCAUUGAUGUUGAUUCAUAUGGAAGAGAAGAUGUUCCAAAUCCCCCGAAAAUAAGGAAGAAUGUCAAACAAUCAAUGAUUUGGGAUUACUUUGAGAGGCUUAAAGGUGAUCCUAAUGACCCUCGUGCUAAAUGUAAAUAUUGUGGAGUUGUUUAUGCAUGUCAUUUUAAACGUAAUGGUACUAGAACUACGAAGCAUCAUUUAGAAAAUUGCAAAAAGUACCCUUAUCAAAAAAAGAGAGACCAAACCCAAAUGACAUUAGCUUUUAAACCUAAAGACAAAGUUGGGGAUAAUUCUUCACAACUUGUAUGUGAGUCAUUUAGUUUAGAGGGUUGUCGGGAAGCUUUGGUUGAGAUGAUAAUAGUUGAUGAAUUGCCCUUUAAGUUUGUGGACGAUAAGGGGUUUAAGAAGUUUGUGGAUAAAUUAACAUGUGGAAAUCAUAAUAGAUUUGUUGUUCCAUCUCGAUUUACUGUAGCUAGAGAUGUGUUUAAGUUGUAUGUUAAUGAGAAGAAUCGUUUGAGAGACAUGUUUGUAAAAAAUAAGUAUAGAGUUUCUCUCACCACUGAUUGUUGGACAUCGGGACAAAAUAUUAAUUACAUGGUCCUAACUGCCCAUUUCAUUGAUUCUAAUUGGAAAUUACAUAAGAGAAUACUAACUUUUUGUCCAAUUGAGAAUUAUAAAGGUGAUACUAUCGGUAAAAUCAUUGAAAAGAAUUUGAAGGAUUGGGGCAUUGAGAGGGUAAUGACUUUGAUGGUUGAUAAUGAAAGUUCGAAUGACACUGCUGUUGCUUAUCUUUUAAAGAGAUUCAAUAAAGGAUUAUUGUUUGGUGGGGAAUUUCUUUAUGUUUGUUGUUGUGCCCAUAUAUUGAAUCUUAUAGUAACUGAUGCUUUUAAGGAACAUAAUGAUUCUUGUAAGAGUUAUGUGUGUCUUGAUGUUCCCACAAGAUGGAACUCCACAUAUAUGAUGAUUGAAGCUGCCGUUAAGUUUGGAAAAGCUUUUGAUAGAUUAGAAGAUGAAGAUGCCUCUUAUAGACAUGAUAUGCCACCAAAUAAGGAAGAUUGGACAAAUGCUAGGAUGUUAAUACGGUUUUUAAAAGUGUUUUAUGAUGUGACAUUGAAGAUUUUUAGCUCUUUGUAUACUACUUCAAACUUGGUUUUCCAUCAGAUUACAGUGAUUCAGAAUUGCGUUGCUGAAUCCAUGGGAAAUGUAGUGGAACAAUGUUGUAGAUGUCUCUUUCAUGAGUAUAGUAUUACUCAAAGUGGGAGUAGACAAGGAUGUAGUAGUACUAGUACAACUAGUACACAAACUGUUUCGGGCUUGGAUGCUGAUUUUGAUUCAAAUGAACAUGUGGGUGAAGAUUUUGCCUACGACACAAUUGUUGAGGAAUUUGAAGAUGAUGCUACUACACCUUUCGAACAGGGGUCUUCGGAGAUUGAUAUCUAUUUGUUGGAAGCCAAUGUUAGGACCAAAGGUGAUUUUGACAUACUACAAUGGCGGAAGAUGAACAGUGAUCGAUUUGAGGUUCUUGGUCAUAUGGUUAGAGAUAUUUUGGCUAUUCCAGUUUCUACUGUAGCGUCUGAGUCAGCUUUUAGUAUUGGAGGGUGUGUUGUUGACUCAUCAUGCUGCUCAUUGGCUCCUAAAACAGUGGAGUUUCAAUACAAAGCCAUGUUUCCUGAUGAUAAUUUCGUGGAACGAAGCAUGUUCCAUGAAAGGCAAAGUACAAAGGAAACUCAUAAAAGAUUUAAGAAAGGAGAAUGCUCACGACAAGCUAAGCAUACGAAUGUGGAAGUUCCUAAAUAUUUCCUCAAAUUUCAAGAAUUAAUUAUGGCCAACAAUCAAGCUUUGAACGUGAAAUUGGACAAACUGCUUCUAAAGAUUGAAGGACUGAAAAAUCUGUUGAAAGAGAAGGAAAGUGCAACAGUGGAACCCAAUGAAAACAUACAGAGGGAUGAGAAUGAUGGAGAUCAAGGUGAUAGAAAUAAUGGUGAAGAAAAAUGGAAGGGGGGAUAA